CGCCAGGACGAGCUCUGCGACGACAACUGCUUGGACAACAGCAGAAGUUCUUGCGCGGCGUCCGGACGAAGUACGCAAACAAAACUUGCGAGAGAUUCGUCGCGGGGUCGUAUGUGGCUGGCCUCGACCGCGAAGAGAAGCGGAACCUGUCCUACAUCGUUGCCGACGCCUACCUAUGAACUGCAAAAGUAGCGCACUAGUAUAAAUUGCAAUACAAAUUUGCUCAGCAUUAAAAAAUUCAAUUUGUAAUGCGGAUUUGCCUUAGGAACUAGAUUUGUAAUGCAUAAAUGCAAUUAGUACGAGUGCGAUAUUUUUGCACAGGAUACUACCUCUACGAGAAGCCGCGCCGCUGCGUCCGCGGAAAGGACAGGAAGGCGGGCCUGACCUAUGUGGCGCGGAUGACCAAGGACGACAAGUUGCCCCAUUUAAAAACGCCCCCACCCCAUAGCUGUAUUUAGUGCAAAGCUGCAUGCUGAAAAUGCUUCGCAUGCGGAGCCCCAUGAAAAGCAUUCUCCAGUCGUGUUUUGAAAUUUGUCAUGCUCCAAUCAGCAUGGUGUGCUAGAUCUGUGAUGCUGCUGAGCUAGCUCAAACAGUACUACACUACGAGUCCAAAUUUGUCAUGCGAAACAGCCAAAGCCUGUGGAUUUGUCUAGCCGAUUCCCCAACUUGACUAUGGUGUGGGGACGUUUUUACUCAGGAUGCAAGUACCUGAAGAAACACGGAAUCGCGCACACCGAGGUCCUCCGGGCCGCUCUCGCGGAGAACAAGACGCUGGACAAGAAACACAACCUGUAUCGUGAUCCCGACUGCGCGCCCAUCACCUUGUCCAACGUCGUCGACGUGGUGAAAGACAAGCCGGGGCACCAGUUGGCUGGAAAGCACCUCGACAUCUGCCACAGUAUCAAAUACAAAAAUGUCUGGGUCUGGAUCUGGAAACUUGUGAUGCAUGGCAGUGAACAGAAAGCGCCUUGUAGUGCACCGCCAAGCAUGACAGAUUUUUUCGUGGCACUCUAUUGCGUAUUCCGCAUGAGAAACGUCGUUUUUGCAUGACAAACAAGAGGAGGUGUUCGUGGCCACGCAAUACAGAGUUCAGAGUCAUGCCAAUCUAGGAUGAGAAAUCUCGACAUCUUCCAGACCCAGACAUUUUUGCAAUCCAUACACAGCCGCAUGGUGCAAAUUAUGAACACCGACGCUCACAAGAAGAAACACAUAGCGGCGGUGAUGGUCGG